CUGGAGCAGCUCCCCGCUGCAGGAUUCCAGUUAACUGGUUAAUGGUGAACUUUUUAAAUGGGAUUUUACAUCUCUGGUUGUCAAGUUACGUGAUAUUUGGUAUUUUGUUUUAAAGCCCCAACAUUUGCAGGCAUGUGAUUACAUAAGAAUCUUAACUUCCAUGGGGAGUAAGGGGAGAAGUACAUUUGCAGCCCUUACAGUUGUAGAGAAAAUCUUGAGUAAUUAUAUUGAGUAAGAUUGACCCCCUAAAUACUCACAAACUGGAAGGCAAAUAAAAAGAACUGUAAAUGUUUUUACAAAUUUUCUUGAUUUUUAAGCCAAUCUCAUGAUGUUUUGCAGGUCUAAGACGUGAUUUGAAAUGCAUGGGUUGGCAAUACUGAACAUUUUAAAAUUCUUGCAGAAUAUGGAUGUGUGUUAAAGUGACAGGAAUAGGAAAAGUCAGCCCUAAAUCAAAAGAGUUUCAUACAGAGUUGCUUGUGGAAAUUCUUCACUCAUACCACAGAUGUGAACAAAAUUUGCUGGGCUGAUACAAUAAGCACUGAAUCAUCCACUUUGUUUUGUGCAGUGAUAGGAUAUAAAACAAGUGGUGAAUUCAUGUUAUUGUUACAAUGAAAGCAGGGCAAAGGUAUUUCUCCGUUUCUUGACAGACAGUUGGGACUCUUGAAAAGUUUAGAUUCAGAUGACAACGAUUUUAGCCAGGUCACUCUGGAUUUCAAUAUGUCUUCUCUUGCUCACUCUCUCUGCCUAUCAUAUACAGCGAUCACCUCAUUAACUAGAUACUAAGCAUGGGAAGUGCAUGCAUCUUACCCAGUUACAACCUGCAAAGUUGUGGAAAGUGAAGACAUAAUUUUUUCCAAGCCAAGCUCCUUAGCCAGUGGUUUAGCAGCUUUCUAGUGGCAUUUAACUUAGAAAAAAAAUGCAGAGCUGGUUUAAAUGUUCGUUGUUCACCUUCCAAACCAGUCUAAGGUGAAGACUGUUUGGUUACAUUUUUUCCCACCCCACUUCACUGAAUUAUUCUGUCUCGCAGGCAGGAAUGGCAACUCCUGAAAACCCGGAGCAGCUGAUAAUUGCCUUGGAACCCGAAGCUGCUUCCAUCUACUGCAGAAAGCUGCGCCUUCACCAGAUGAUAGACCUGAGCAGCAAAGCACCCGUCAAUGGUUUUAACUCUAGUGACACCGUAGGAGCUGGAUUUACACAGGCCAAGGAACACGUACGUCGUAAUCGGCAAAGCCGCACCUUUUUGGUGGAAAAUGUCAUAGGAGAGAUCUGGUCUGAGUUGGAGGAAGGUGACCGUUAUAUAGUUGUUGACAGUGGAGGAGGCACAGUGGAUCUCACUGUCCAUCAGAUCAGGCUGCCUGAAGGACACCUAAAGGAAUUGUACAAGGCAACUGGUGGGCCAUACGGUUCUGUAGGCGUGGACUAUGAGUUUGAAAGACUUCUAUGUAAAAUAUUUGGAGAGGAUUUUAUUGAACAAUUUAAAAUCAAGCGUCCUGCUGCUUGGGUCGAUCUGAUGAUAGCAUUUGAGUCUCGUAAAAGGGCAGCAGCCCCAGACAGAACCAAUCCACUGAAUAUCACUCUGCCUUUCUCCUUCAUUGACUAUUAUAAGAAGUUUCGAGGUCACAGUGUGGAACACGCCUUAAGGAAAAGCAACGUGGACUUUGUCAAAUGGUCUUCCCAAGGAAUGCUCAGGAUGAGUCCAGAUGCAAUGAAUGCCCUUUUCAAACCUACAAUUGACCAGAUCAUUCAACAUCUUAGUGACCUGUUUGAAAAGCCAGAAGUAACCAAUGUCAAGUUUCUGUUCCUGGUGGGUGGAUUUGCUGAAGCCCCUUUACUCCAACAAGCUGUCCAGAAUGCUUUUGGUUCAAAAUGUCGAAUCAUCAUUCCUCAGGAUGUGGGCCUUACUAUCCUCAAGGGAGCUGUCCUUUUUGGCCUAGACCCUGCUGUCAUCAAAGUGCGACGUUCCCCUCUGACCUAUGGUGUGGGAGUCCUGAAUCGGUUUGUAGAAGGAAAGCAUCCGCCGGAGAAGCUGCUGGUUAAAGAUGGCACACGCUGGUGCACUGAUGUCUUCGACAAAUUUAUCUCAGCCGACCAAUCUGUAGCUCUUGGAGAAACAGUGUCACGCAGUUACACACCUGCCAAGCCUUCUCAGUUGGUAAUAGUGAUCAAUAUCUACAGCUCGGAGCAAGAUAAUGUCAGUUUCAUCACUGAACCCGGGGUGAAAAAGUGUGGCACUCUUCGUCUGGAUCUCACAGGCACUGAGACUUUGGUGCCAACUCGGAGAGAGAUCAAAACACUAAUGCAAUUUGGGGACACAGAGAUUAAAGCCAUGGCCAUUGAUGUUGCCACUUCUAAGAGUGUCAAAGCUGGUAUUGAUUUCUUAAAUUAUUAAGAGUCCCCUCUCCACUACAACCCAUCUGCACGUCUGUUUCAUUGUUCCAUUUUCUGACUUUCAUAUACGACACAAAUCACUUGAAUUUAAGCAGGCUAGAUGAGAACAGCCAAUUGGUAGAAAUAUAUCAAAGGACUUUUUUUUCUUUUGAAUAAUCAAGUGAGAUUUUCCAAAAGUCCCAAGAGAUUUAGGGACACAAGUUCCAUUGAAAGCCAGUGUUCCUAAGUCACUUAGGUGUGUUUGAAAAUCCCACCUCUAUUAAAUAGUACAGGGGUGGGCAAUAAUUUUUGUUGGGGGGGCCACUCCAAGAUUUUGGAAAGUGGUCAAGGGCCACACUUUUUUUGUAGAGGGGAUGUGGGCUCUAGGAUGGAGGCUGGGUACAGAAGGGCACAUGGGGUAAGGGACUGGGGUGCAGGAAACAGUCUCAGUGUGAGGCCUGAGAGGGUGUUUGGGCGAAGGAGGGGGUUUUGACCUGUGUGCAGGGAUUGGGGGUUCAGGGUUAGGGAGGGAAAAUGGGUGCAAGAGAGGAUUCCUGCCUGGGGGAGGGGCUCUAGGAGGAGGUGGAAAGUCUGGGAGGGAAUUGUGA